AUGUCGAUGCUGGGACGGCAGUCGCCGGACGAGCGUGACGAGCGGCUGGGCGGGUCGCGCAUGGCAGCGCCAGCGACGCGCGAGCAGAACAUUUACAUUCCGCAGUUCAUCACGAAGCGGCCGUUCUACGCGAUUGACGAGGCAGACGAGAGCAGCGCGACAGGAUCCAAGUCGGCCGUGCUGCGGGUGGGCGGGGCAGCAGACGCGGCAGACGCGGCAGCAGCAGCAGCAGCAGCAGCAGCAGCAGCAGCAGCGGGAACGACGGGCCAGCGCGACUAUCUAGAGCACCAGCGGCUGCGCAAGCGAGAGGAGGAGACAGCAUGGUACCAGCGAGGUCGCAAGGCCGGACCAGCGGCGACAAAGUACCGCAAGGGAGCGUGCGAGAACUGCGGGUCGAUGGGACACAAGAUGCGCGACUGUCUGAGUCGGCCGCGGGCGCGACUGGCCAAACACACGGGGACGGACAUUGAGGCGGACGAGGUGGUGCAGGAUGUGCGGCUAGGAUGGGAUGCGAAGCGAGACCGCUGGCUCGGCUUUGAUGCGCGGGACUACGCGUCGAUGGUGGCAGGGCGGGAGAAGAUGAACGAGGCGCGGCGGCGGCUGGGGGGAGAAAGAGGAGGUGGAGGGGCAGAAGGGGGAGAAGAAGGGGGAAGCAGCAGCAAAACGGCAGCCGAAGGGGACAAAAACGACACGCGCUACGAAGAAGACGCGGACAUGGGCGUGUCACGGACGAACGGGGCAGCGGACCUGCGGAUGCGCGAAGACACGGCGCGCUAUCUUGUCAACCUGGAUCCCGACUCGGCCAAGUACGAUCCGAAGCGGCGAAAGGUGGUGGACGGGGGUGCCUUUCUGGACGAGUCGGCGCGGCUGUUUGCGGAGCAGAACUUUGCGCGAGCGUCGGGCGAGGCGGCCGCGUUUGCGCGCGACGAGCGUUAUGCGUGGGAGCUGCACGACCAGGCCGGCGAUGCGGGCUUGCAUCUGCAGGCGAACCCGACAGCGGCGGCCCAUCGACGGCGGGUCGAGGCCGACGUCGAGGCCGAGAAGCGGGCGACCAUGGCGGCGCUGAUGCGGGACAAGUACGGCGUCGACGAGACACCGGCAGCUGUGCCGAGCAUCACGGCCGCGUCCGAGCAUUUUGUCGAGUACGACGAGACCGGCCAGGUCAAGGAACGUCUGCGGGCCCCGCGCGCGGACCGGUCCAAGUACGCCGAGGAUGUGCUGCCGAUGAACCACACGGCCGUCUGGGGCAGCUGGUGGCACGACUUUGCCUGGGGCUACGCCUGCUGCCGGUCGCUCGUCCGCAACAGCUACUGCACCGGCGACGAGGGCAGGGCGGCCUGGGAACGGGCCGAGCGACAGCGCCUGGGCGACUGGGGUCAGGAGGGGCGAGAAGAAGGGGAAAAGGGGGGGGAGGACAAGCCCCGGAGACGACUGCUACUAGCCAAGGCUGACGGGGAUGGAACGAGUCGAGGGAAUGUGGAUGCACAUGAUCGGGAGGCAAGAGAUUGA